AACAAAAGAUAAAUAGCGUUCAUCUGCCGGAGGAAGUAUUACUAAGAGCGUCUCAGCCUAUCAAGAACGAAACUGAAGAAUUGUUUUUUGCUGGCAUUGCCAAAAAAUACUCCCACACACAUUGACGAAUUAUCUGUGACAAACAACAGUAUUGAAGAUUUGUGACCAUCGACGAAAGCCAUUUUGCUGCUAACACAUCUCCCGGAACAUGAAGAACGAAGUCAGUUCUGCAGUCAAUUUCGUCGUUUCAAACCUCACAAAUACUUCGCUAUCAAGCGAACAAGUAGGACAAUUCAAGGAAAACUUAGAACAAUUGAUAACAGAGCGAUUUCAAGACCACUGGCACCCAAAUAAACCAUUGAAAGGGAACGCAUAUCGCUGCCUAAAUGUGGACACGACCGCUAUCGAUCCACUGCUCGUAAAAGCGAGUUUAGCAAGCGGGUUCUCGCCGCUAAAACUACAAGAAGUAUUUCCCGAUGGACUUGCACUAUGGAUAGAUCCGGAGGAUGUGUGCUGUCGCGUCGGUAGAAUUCCAAUUCGCACAAUCUACGGCCACCGUUCCUCGCCAACAUUCACCCCACCACCAAGACGCCAUCAACCAUUCACACCAAUCAACUUCAACACAAGUCCAUAUCACUGUACCGUCACAUAUCCAGCGAAUAACCGAACAUACAACCCCAAGUACUUCCAGAACAAGGAAAACUUCAAUAGGUACCACUGGGUGAAUAGAGAAGCGAACUUCAUGACCGCUCAAGUUUACUAAAGACAAGCGACUCAAACGUGUGACAUAGCGCAUGAACUUUUAAGGGCUAGUUUUAAAACGCUUUUAGAUGUGAAAUUUUAAACUUCUGUACAUACAAACGAAACAUUUAUACAUAGACAUGUCCCAUUUAAACAAUUUUGUUAUAUAACUGUAUAUUUUCGAUAACAGUUUAGCGAGCAAGUGUACAUACAAAUAAGGUUUCGUACAGUUGUAAGGAGGCUAAAUAUUUCUUUGAAAUAGGAGAAAGCAAUUUGAAAUAUGUACAGAAAUUAAUGAAUUUGUGAAUAAUAGCGAGACUAUGUGCUCUAAUAUUUUGUAAAGAAUAUUACAGAGGAAAUAUUUAAUUUAAUGGAAUAAAUAUGAGGUUUUACAA